AUUCAGACGUUCACAGGCGCAGACGCAACCAUCAAGCUUUGACACCUCGUAAAUUACACAUUUACUUUAAAUCACACACACACAUCUGUGCAAUCUGGAUGAGGAGAUAGAUGCAUACAAGUUUGCCAGACACUCUGGAAUGAUUUUCUCUUUUGUUUUUCUGCGUCUUUGUGGAUUUUGUGGUUUUUGGAGGGUUUUGGUCAGACACUACAGCUUCUCAUUUCGCCGUCUGUUGAUCCGUGAAGAGUUCUCUGCUCAAUCUUCAGCUGCCUGAGACGUGAACUUCAGAAAGGAUCUUUAAUGAAUCAGUUUUUGCCGCUCGAUGCCAUGGCGUUCAAAUGUACAGAAACACUGUUUAUACACCACUCGUCUGUAAAUGCCUCUUCCUCUCUCCCCUGCCCCCAUCGAAUGCCUUCUCUGCUGGGAAUGGACGUCAAACUCCAGUUAAAGUGACAACUCUGAUCAGCAUAUGAACAGUGCGAGAUCACAUGACCUGGAGAUGAUUUAGAUGGAGUUCGAAGGCCAAGAUCCUCUGACCUGCCACCUCCAGGCUAUUAUGCAGCCGAUCUGUCACAACAACUCUUGAUUCACUCAAAACAAAUGAGAAACAAUCUGUUGAAUGCAAUAAGUCAGUCAGUCAUAUAUUCAUUUGGAACGACACGAGGCCGGUGGAUUUUAUAAUUCUCUCUGAAGAACGGAUCAUCACAAUAAGUUGUACAUCGUGGAAGAGUUACAGAGGGAACAUCACGCUGCAGAAGCUGCCGGAGUCCAGCAUGGCUCUGAGUGUGUUAGGGGUAUUUCUGGGGUUACUUCUGGAAGUUUCCACACACGGACCCUCCAGCGUUCCCCGGAGCUCAUGGACACAGGACGAUGUGAGUCUGGUUGAGUUCUGGGAGCCGGGUGUGUUUAACUACACCACUCUACUGCUGAGUGAAGACCGAGGUGUGCUGUAUGUGGGAGCCAGAGAAGUUAUUUACGAACUCAACAUGAACAAUGUGUCAAUCAAGAGCAACCAGCUGCUGUGGAAAGUUCCAGAGGAUGACAUGUCGAUGUGUAUUUUAAAGGGGAAAUCUAAAGAGACGGACUGUCGAAACUACAUUCGAGUUUUGCAAGUCCUGGAUAAAGACAAUCUGUAUGUUUGCGGGACGCAUGCGUUUCAGCCUCACUGUGAUUAUCUGUCUCUACAUAAUUUCAGUUUGCAGAACAGACUGGAGGACGGUCGGGGGAAAUGUUCCUUUGACCCGGCGCAGAGCUUCACCACCGUGAUGGUCGAUGGGGAGCUGUACUCGGGAACUGCUUAUAACUUCCUGGGCAGUGAGCCAAUCAUCUCCAGAUACUCUCUGUCUCAGAGUUUACUGCGCACUGAAUACUCCACAUCCUGGCUCAACGAACCCAGUUUCGUGUAUGCAGAUGUGAUCCGAGUAGGGCAGAACAGCCCGGAUGGAGAUGAUGAUAAGAUUUACUACUUCUUCACUGAGGUAUCGGUGGAAUACGAGUUCUUCGGAAAGCUCUUGAUUCCCAGGAUUGCACGCGUGUGUAAGGGUGAUCAGGGUGGUCAGAGGACCCUACAAAAGAAGUGGACAUCAUUUUUGAAGGCUAAACUGGUGUGCUCCAUGCCUGAGCUGAACUUUGUCUUCAAUGUUGUUCAUGAUGUGUUCAUCCUGAAAGCCCCUCAUUGGAGAGAGACAGUCAUAUAUGGAGUCUUUACAUCUCAAUGGGGGAAUGUUGGUUUGUCGGCUGUGUGCGCGUAUAACAUGAGUUCUGUGCAUGAGGUGUUUUCCAAAGGGAAGUACAUGCAGAAAGCGACGGUUGAACAGUCCCACACUAAGUGGGUCCGAUUUAAUGGCAUCGCUCCGACCCCCAGACCCGGAGCGUGCAUCAACAACCACAACCGCAUGCAGAACAUCAGCUCGUCUCUGCACCUGCCUGAUAAGACUCUACAGUUUGUGAAGGACCACCCGCUGCUGGAGGACCCCGUGCUGCCCAUCGGUAACGGCCCUCGCCUCAUCACGAAAGACGUCAACUACACCCAGAUUGCCGUUGAGAGGGUGCAGGCUCUCGACAGAUACAUCUAUGAUGUCCUCUUCACCGGCACUGAUAAAGGUGUUCUGCAUAAAUCAGUGGUGUUUGAAGGAGGAGAGGUCCACACGGUGGAAGAGAUCCAACUUCUGAAGAACUCUGAGUCAAUCAAAACACUUUUACUCUCUCCCCAAGUUGCUCUGUUCUUGUACGCUGGUUCUGACUCAGGUGUUGUUCAGUCUCCCACAGCGUUUUGUCAUAAAUAUCUGUCCUGUGAGGAUUGCGUUCUUGCCAGAGACCCGUACUGUGCCUGGAACGCACGUUCUGCUGCUUGUAUUAAUAUUUUCCAAGACCAAGCUGAACAGCGGAAGUUGAUUCAAAGCCUGAAAGGAGAUGCUAGGAUAUGUCCCCCAGUUAUACCUCUUGCAGUGGAGGACUACAGGCAGGUGGCGGUAAAGCCAGGAAGUUCUGCCGAUCUGCCGUGCCAGGUGCGAUCAAACCUGGCUCAAGUGAUGUGGAAAUUGGACGGCAACAUUCUCAAUGAAGCUUCCAACUUCCUUCUAAUGGGAGAGAACGGGUUGCUCAUAUACAGCGUGACCUCAAAGAACCAAGGCCAUUACGAAUGCUGGUCCGUCGAAAUGGGUGCAGGAAAGAACUUUACGCGUUUGGUUGCUGGAUACAUCCUUCGAUUGGACCUUCCUUAUAAUGAGCCUUCAAUAUCAGCAUCGUCUUCAUCAGAUGUGGGUGCUGCAUCGCAUUCCGUUGGAUCCACGUUGCAUGACCCAACUACGCCGGUAGAAGGUAAUAACGGUAACAUGUCAGGACCCCCGCUACUAACAUCAGCCCACACAGAGGCCCCCCCUCUAACCACCCCUCCUAACAACUUAAUUAAACCCAAACAAUACAUCCCUCCGAAAGUCAGCAAUUCACCGACGCACACUGAGACUCAAGACCCAUCGGCGAAGUACAUUCAACACGACAACAGCAUAGCUCUGCUUUCCCUCUUCCUGCUCUUUUUCCUCCUCUUCCUCUUCGCUCUGGUGUAUAACUGUUAUAUGCAGUACCUGCCUGCGCCAUGUCUUCGCUUGCGUGCGGCACUGCUCGGCUCACACAAAAAACCACAGCCCGAGUACGCCGCCUGCGAAGCAGGCCUGAUGGAGCCGAUGCGGGACAAAACGGAUCCAGGCGAUCAGCUAAACCAAAAUGGAGCACAACCGUUGCGGGCUCUCAGAGACACUGGAUACGAGACCGAACCGGAAUGUGGGAACGGAAGGAUUCCAUCAAACAGCGACGAGGAUACAGACGAUAGUGCUUCUAAAGGGCGACCCUUCGACAUAGACUGCGUUUCGCAGCCGAUUGAAUAUGCCGACGCUGACACGCCUUACUGAUUCAAAUUUUUACCACAAGACAGCUACAGCGGAGCAAAGUAUAAGCGAAUCUCUCUUUUUGCAUCUUGACCUCUCCAUUGGAAGCUUAGCUUAGCAGCAGUGAUUUAACAUUAAGGCUGUGUACGUAAAAAGAUUUUUGCUCAUCGCAAUGGUUUGUCGAACAGUCUUGAAGGUUUGCCUGGUGCAUUAAAGACCUCUACAUAGAUUUGCAAGAUCAAAAAACAGAAGUUCCAAAUUGGAAACAUUAUUUACCAAAUUGGUAAGUUAGCGGGAUGUUUUUCAAAUUGGAGUGCCGAACUGUAUUUGUUGUUUGGGUGGGGGGGGGCAAACAUUUUCUUGCUCAGCCUAGGGUUUGAUCUGACGCUGUUACGCUAUUUUACAUGAGUUUAAUAGGUAUUAAUUGUCUUUCCACUUUGGUGGAUAUGAAAAACUCUCAGGGAUGAUUCCAGUUACACAUAUGCAUGAUUGCGCACGAUGUCUCGACGAUAGCACAGGAAGUGCUCUGGAAGACCAAAAUGGCAGGUGGGCCAAAUUUGGUGGAAGGUUGUGCACUUGGCCCAGCUGUUUAGAACACUUACACUUUUGACCGAAAUGGACCCAACAUUGGUGAAACGGAACGAUGACUGUUCCUCUUGGUGAAAUGGGUUCCUUACGUGAAAUAGAGAUUAUUUCGGUUGUGACUAGAUAAUAACCUCCGUUCUGUAAAACUCUUGCAGGAUUUACCCUAAGCCCCACUGUAACCCUACCCCUUUGGUGGCAAUGAAUGUGUCCUCAUGAGAAUUUCUCCAGAAUGAAGGCUACUGUCUAGACAUUACCAACGAUUUCACUUGGAAGCUAAGAUCACCGUUGUCGAAUGUCUGUCUACAUGGUGACUUGUUUGUUAUUUUGAUUACAAUUAAAAUGGUUCAUUAUGGGAAAAUGACAAUAAAGCAGACCAAAAAUGUCUAAACCCUAUGAUAUCUCUCUUGCACAGUUCCCAUUGGAUACUUUAGCUUGUAUUCCAGAUCAUGUCUGUUUUUUGUUUGUUUUUUAGCUGUUUUCCUAUAUUUUGAAGCUAACAUUUUAACCUCGUUUAAUUUAAAAUGAGAAGGCAGCCCUGUCUUGGUAGACUUUUACAGAGUUGUUCAGUCACACUUUACAAUAAGGUUGUAUUUGUUAACAUUAGUAAAUGCAUUAGAUAUUAUGAACCAACAAUGAACAUUAUUUUUGUACAGCAUUUAUUCAUCUUAAUGUUCAGUUAUGAAAAUACAAUUGUUCAUUGUUAUUUCAUGUUAGGUCAUAGUGCAUUAACUAAUCUUAAUAUAUACAACUUUUAACAUUUAUUGGUAUAUGUUGAUAUUAACAUAAACUGAGAUUCAUAAGUGCUGAAAAAGCAUUGUUCAUUGUUAGUUCAUGUUAACUAAUUUAGUUAGCUAACAUUAACAAAUACAACCUUAUUGUAAAGUGUUGUCAUUGGUUCUUUUAGCCUUGUGGCCUGUUAUUCAUAACAGACAUUAUUUACAAAGACUAAAAGAGUUUGUCAACUUUUCUACAGUAUAGUGCAAAACUUUUUAGUUUUAAAGAAAGAAGCUUUAUGUUUUAAAUGUUAUAUUAUUUAAUUAUAUGCUUGCAAAAAUUGGGUGAAUAUAACACAAGUCCAGGUUAUAUUUCAGCCCAAAAUCAUAUGAAAAAAAAUAAAAUAUAUAUAUAUAUAUAUGUAUUUUACAUAAUAAAAUCUUUUUUUUACACACUCACACACACACACACACACACAUACAUGCACGCUUGUUUUUAGUAUUGUUAAAGAUUUGCUAAAGAUUAUUAUAUAUACUGUAUAUAUACAUUAUCUUCAUGACUAUUAAGCACAUUUUCUCCCUAAAUUACCCUUACCGUAAAGCAAAAAUUCUCAUUCUCAUGACUGUUAAACAAUGCAAAAAUCUGAAGGGUCUUAAUUUAAUUUCUUUAUGAAAAAUUUCACUUUUUAUAUUUUUUCCUUGUGAUUUUGGGGUGAAAUAAGAUCCGCAAUAAGUGGGUGAAUUAAGACCCACCCAAAAGCAUGUUUAUUCUUUCAUGUUUUGCUUUAUUUUGGUUGGUUCCUCCUUAAAUUAUCUUUUAAAGACCUCACCUUUUCCUUUCUCAGUCCCUUUUUGUGACAUUUCCUGAUUUUUCCUAAUGACCUGAGAUUCUCAGUGCACUCUUUGUCUCUCUCCCUCCAUUUGCUCUUUUCCCUCCUUUCACUUCCUCUUUCCUGCACAGCUACAUUGGCUGCUCCUCCUUUCCCUGUCGACUCCCUGCCCACUUCCAGCGGUCACCCCUCUGUCUUCCCUUCCUCAUCACCAUCAUCUUCGUCCUCCUCUCCCUGGAGUGGUUUAGAGGGUGCUCACCUGAUACCCCCUCUC